AUGCAUGUGGGGCGAACACUGGCCGGAUCUACCACGCAUGCAGGGUGCCGCACGGCCAGCAGUUGGCUUCUGCGACAUGCUCGUCACAACCCAAGACGCUGGGAGCACCCGAGUGUCAUCUCGUCAAGGGCCGCCGCGGAAACGAUUGCGACAAUGCUGUCCGUUGGUGGUGACAACUGCUGGGAGGUGGCAACGGGUUUUUACGCGGAAGCGCUGGCGACGCACUCGAUAGGGCGGCGUGGGGAGGUGGCAUUGCGUGAGCGGCACAUGGCCAUUGCGCGUGUUCUGACGGCACUCACGCAAGCAGCAACGGUUGGCAUGCUGCACGGACGGGUGGCACGGCGUAUGGCGCGCGACGUUAAACCACCACGUGAUGACGCCUCCAACGAGGAGCACGAGGCGAUGGCCAUGGCUUGUGAGGCGAUCCUCCGAGUGCUGCUUGCAUCGGGUGACUUUGAGAAGGCGCAACUGUGCGCGGAGGGUUGGGUACGAACGAAAACUUCCCAAACGGUGGUGAGGCGGGUGAUACACACGCUUGUUUCGGAAGCUGCGGGUGGGGGAAGGAAGGAGGAAGAGAGUAGGGAAGAGGAGGGUGACAGCGACAAGAGUGCGGUGCGCCGUACGUCUUUGUUGCGGUGCGGUUUUCUGCAAUUUUUGGAGGCAGCAACAGGAAUACCAGCACUCCCAGCACUGCUCUCGCUACGCACCGAGGGGUUAACAGACCGUUGCGUAGCGCGGUGGUAUGCCGAUGCGGCGAUGCACAUAAACGCGAGUUUGUGGACGCUUUGUUUUGCGCACGUACCGCCAAUGAGUGCCUCGUCGGAGCCGUUUUAUCGUGAGCUGCUUGUGUACUGCUGCUCACACCGCCAGUGGCCAUUGCCUGCUGCUGCCUUGGAUGCGAUGCCCAGAAGUGUUCUUCAAGAAAAUCUGGCCGAUGCGAUGCGUUGUUGCCAGGAAGAGUUGGGGGAGGCGGAACGGAGGCGCUUGCAGGAUGCCGUUUCCACCGUCGUCGUUUCUUCGCGACCACGCAGGGAGGCCAUUUUGUGUCUGGACCUUUUUUCCCGGCAGUUCAGCGGGGGUAAUAUUUCGCAGGAGGACGUGGGGUGGUGGUGCAAUCAUCUGCGGCGUUGUUCUUUAGAUUCUGUGGAGUCUGCCACAGUCUGGAUGGCGUUGUGCCAGCGGAUUGGGGUGGACGAUUUAAUGAUGCAUUCAAUGCCUUCCGCUUCUAGCGUUUUCCCGUUGUUGGUUGUGCAGGCGUCGCGGUCAACGACGGCCGCAGAGGCAUUAUUUGCGGCUGUGCAGCAGGGCGGCCGCAGCCCGCCGGUUGUGGACGACCUCCCGUGUGCCAGUGCGAGGAAUCUGCUGGUGCUUUGUAAAGAUGACACCAGCGCUUUGGUCGUUGAUUGGGUUCUGCGGCACUGCAAGGACCGCGAUUAUUUGGUUCAGUUUGUUAUGGAACCCCCGGCAGGCCACGGUGCUGCGGCCCUGCAAGUGCUAAGGGUCAUGAUGCAGCCGGAGCACGAGGACGUUUUUGUUUUGUUGUCGUCGUGGCUUCAGAGAAGAAGCAGCAAAUGGCUGUCGAGCAUUGCGUCCCUCGCACCGCGCAAUAUGCAGUGGGUUGUGGCGUUGAGAUGUCUUGGUGGUAUGGCGGCACCGUCCAUUGCCCAUGUGCAUGUCGCCUUUUUGACCUUGGCGAAGCCAUGCGUGACGCCCCUUUCUGUUGGUGUAGAUUUUUUGUGGACCGAUGACUCCGUCACAUCGCUGCAGGCAGAGGUCAACCCGUCCUUGUGGCAGAUUGAAGCGGAAAAGUGGGAAGCGGCGCUAAGUUUCCUGUCUUUUGGUGCAAAAAACAUGAAUGCCCGCUCAGACUUGCUGCGAUGCUACGCACAUGUUGUUUCCCGUGCGGCAGCAUUUAGUCGUCAAGAACGCAUUAGGGUGGAGGAUCUCCUCGCGCAAAUGAAGAUGGAAGAGGCAUCAAGUACAGCACUUUCUACAAGGGAAAAGCUAGCAGUCCUCGUGAGGCGUAAAAAAUGGAUGGAGGCCUGUUCGCUUGUGGCACAGGUUGGUGGUGGGGCGACGCGCGGUCUGAUGGGGCUUCUGGCGCAUCACGGUAGGUGGGUGGAGGCGUUACGGGUAGUGGUGAAAGAACACAAGGAGGCAUGGGUGCCUCUUAUCAUACGUGCCACUCGCAACGCAGGCCAUUGGCAGGCUGCGCUGUGGACCGUUGAGAAGGCCGUGUCGAAGAGAAUAUCUCUUCAUUACGCGUCCAUUGCGGAACUGCUGGCGUGUUGUGCUGCGGCAGAUGUGCCGCUUGAGGCGAUUCAGCUGUGGCUUCGUGCACAGGCAGGGGAAACAGCGGCACAUGGACUGAUUGGGUUUGGGAGGAAAAACACGGGUGCGAUCACUGAAGGGAGCCUGAGCAGGACGCACGCAGAGUUACUCUUCGUCUUGUUGGAUUCGCCGCGCUCGGUGGACCGGCAAUGGCACUACGCGUUGCAGUUGCUGACGAGUCAUGUGUUGCAGUGCAACGUUUAUUCGUCUUCACGUCUCUUUCACACGACUUUUUCAAUUUUGCGGAGGGCGGGAAGGUGGCAGGAAUCGCUGCGAUUGUUGCGAUUUCAACAUUUGAUUGGUGUGCCUGUGACGGCGAAGAUGACUCGACUGGUGGCGGAUGCGCUUCCUCCCACUAGAUGGAGGUUGGCUCUCAUCUGUCUGCAAGGCGAUCUGAGAGGGGAUGCGGGUUUGCUCCGCCGCGUUCUUCCAAAAGUUUUGCCUGUCAAUUGGGAAUAUGCUUUAGAACUUAUAUCCGGCCAAGGCGUGGCGACAACCACGGCGAUGGAGUGUGUUGUGGGCUGCGAACACGUGCCGCUGCAGGUGCGGUUGCAGACGUGGAUGCGCAUCCUGCCGUCGCUGCCGGUAUCGAUGAGGCACCAGGCGGCCCCCGUGUAUCUCCGCCUUUCGCUUGCCGUUUCCGAUCAUGGAAGCUGCCUCCUGGUCGGUGUCGAUGGGCUGACGGUGAUUGAGCGGUCCAUACGGGGAUUAAGACACGACUUUCAGAAUUACGCCGCAUUUGUGUACCACCGCGCGGUUGUGCAUCGUCACUGGUGUUACGCGUCUCUUGACCCUGCGGUGGGUGUAAUGGCAUUUCGGGCUCUGAGUGAGAUUGCAGGGCGGGACGAACAGUGUGAGGUGAGCGAGGCGGCGCUGGAGCAGCUAACGGAUCUUGUCGAGCGUCAAGGGCACGUGUCAAACUAA